AUAAAUUAGUCAACCUUUUUCCCAAUUUCCCAACAAUUAAAAAAAUAAACAAAACAAAUUAAUUAGUUUCCCUCCUCAAAUUUCACGCUAUUUUUGUUAUUUUUUUCUCAACGGUUCAACGCUCCCCCUUUUCUCAUUUCAUCUUCUUCUUCAGCUUGAAAUUAAUUGAAACAGAGGAGGAGAGAGAAAAUUACAGAGAUCAAAACAAUGUCGAAAGAAGCAGCAGUAUUCAUUGGAUCAAUCGAUCAAGGAACAACAAGCACUCGAUUCAUCAUCUAUGAUGGAUCUGCCAAAGCUGUGGGAUCUCAUCAGAUCGAAUUCACCCAGUUUUACCCAGUUGCAGGGUGGGUGGAGCAUGAUCCGAUGGAGAUAUUGGAAAGCGUGAGGAUUUGUAUUGCGAAAGCGUUGGAUAAGGCUACAGCUGAAGGGCAUAAUGUUGAUAGUGGGUUGAAAGCGAUUGGGAUUACCAAUCAGAGGGAGACAACUGUUGUUUGGAGUAAAUCAACUGGGCUUCCUCUUUAUAAUGCCAUUGUUUGGAUGGAUGUUCGUACCAGUUCCAUUUGCAGGAGACUGGAGAAGGAAUUGUCAGGUGGGCGUAACCAUUUCGAACCAUCUUGUGGUUUGCCAAUUAGUACUUACUUCAGUGCGACAAAGCUAUUAUGGUUGCUGGAGAAUGUGGAAGCGGUUAGAGAAGCCGUGAAUAGUGGGGAUGCUGUAUUUGGAACAGUGGACACUUGGUUGAUUUGGAAUUUAACCGGUGGGGUAAAGAACGGAUUACAUGUGACUGAUGUAUCAAAUGCAUCACGAACCAUGCUAAUGAAUCUGAAAACUCUGAACUGGGAUAAGGAAACAUUGAAGGCACUUGAGAUUCCCCCUGAAAUUUUGCCAAAGAUUGUGAGUAAUUCUGAGAUAAUCGGGAAAAUUGGGACUGGUUGGCCUAUCCCAGGUGUUCCUAUUGCAGGAUGUUUGGGUGACCAACAUGCUGCAAUGCUAGGGCAAGCUUGUGGAAGAGGAGAAGCAAAGAGCACUUAUGGAACUGGUGCUUUUAUACUCCUCAACACAGGUGCAGAAAUUGUUCAUUCAAAGCAUGGUUUACUAACCACAAUGGCGUUCAAACUUGGGCCUUCAGCACCAACAAACUAUGCUUUAGAGGGCUCUAUUGCUAUUGCUGGAGCUGCUGUUCAGUGGCUUAGAGAUGGUCUUGGUAUAAUAAACAAUUCAGCUGAGAUUGAAGAGUUGGCUUCAAAAGUUGAUUCAACAGGUGGUGUAUAUUUUGUCCCAGCAUUCAAUGGACUGUUUGCUCCAUGGUGGCGUGAUGAUGCACGUGGUGUUUGUGUUGGAAUGACAAGAUUUACUAAUAAGUCGCACAUUUGUCGGGCUGUGCUUGAGAGUAUGUGUUUUCAGGUGAAGGAUGUUUUGGAUUCUAUGCAUAAGGAUGCAGGGGAAAAAGGCGAGGUUAAGAAUGAGAAGGGUGAGUUUUUGCUUAGAGUGGAUGGAGGUGCUACUGUGAACAACCUUUUGAUGCAACUUCAGGCUGAUUUACUAGGUAGCCCGGUGCUACGACCUGAAAAUAUCGAGACAACAGCUCUUGGAGCAGCUUAUGCAGCAGGAUUGGCUGUUGGUGUUUGGAAACAAAAUCAGAUUUUUUCAACUGAAGAAAAAGCUAAGACAGCACGCAUCUUUCAUCCAACAUUGGAGGAGGGCUUGAGGAAGAAGAAGGUGGAUUCCUGGUGCAAAGCUGUGGAAAGGACUUUUGAUUUGGCUGAUCUUUCUCUGUGAUCAGUGCGUUCUGCGGUUUGAUCUUCCUAUCUCUGCUUAUAGGGCUUAUUAUCUGGUGGUUUCUCAUCAUCAUAUGUUCUCUUUUAUAAUUUUUUUUUUAAAACUGAAAAUUUGUAGAUUUUACUUGAUACUUGUAUUUAUUCCUCAAACCACAGUGAAAAAGAUCUGUAUAGCUGGUUACAUUCUUUCUCACAUAUACAGAAUGCUUUAUCUGGAUGGAAGAUUUUUAAAUAAGACUAUUCUUGCUAUAA